AUGCCAGAAGUGGCCCCAGAACCAGACACCAUUUACAGCAACAUCAAGCUGAUUGCUUCAUGGAGGAACCUCAACAUAUUCAUCACCGCCCCUCCCCUGUCUAACGCAUGGAUGAUGUAUCCCGCACUCCAUCUCAGCGAAGAAGGGUUCCUGCCUGCCAAGCCCAGGCUGAUACUUGCCAUAGCAAGUAUGGUCACGAGUGGGAUUAUGAUGGAGGCAACAGUCGAGUCCAUCGCUGAACGGCUCAGAGAACAAGGCUACGAGCAGAAAAGGACUGGUGAGCGCCAGGCAGACUUUCUUCUGAACCUACUGGUUGGCGGUGCGUGUUGGUAUAUGCUGAGGGACUUUUGUGAGGACGAAGAAAACAGGGACGCGGGACCUGUCUUGAUUUACGGCGUGAUGGUGCUUAUAGCAUUUCUGCUAUGGUCGAUGAUGGUUUUGUUGUCGAUUGGACCUGUGCUGUGGUACACAGUGCGCGCAGGAUGA